AAAGUGAGCUCUUCAUCUGGAAAAUGUGCACCUAUAGAGAGUCUAAUUACUCUAAAUGCAAUAUAUUUUAUUGCGAAAUUAAAUGGCACUUAUGAAGAAAAAAGGAGAAUUGACUGUAUAGAUAAAAUAGGA